UUACUGCGCCAACGCCGAGCAGGAAGCCAGUAGUGACGUCACUUUCCAGAAGUCCCCCUCAGGUUUCAGAGACCGAAGAAGAAGCAGCUGAGGAAAGGAAGAGCGCGAGGCCUGCUUGGAGUCCGACGGUAUCAUCAUCAUCUUCAUCAUCAUCAUUUACGGUCCAGAAUGUCUCUGUAUCCGUCCCUGGAAGACCUGAAGGUCGACAAGGUCAUCAAGGCUCAGGCCCAGUUUGCCCAGAGCACGGCCCCGAUGCCGGCCAUCACCGAGGGAAGCUACCAGCCCCAGCCUGUUCCUGCCGGGAUGCCAGGAUCAGGUUUGUACCCGAACCUGGAGGAGCUGGGCGACUACAUGGGGCUGGCCCUCAACAGCGAUGAAGUGCAGAGGAACCUGGCGCUGGUGCCUGUGGCGGACAGUCAGGUGGCCCUCCCCUCCCUCUCAGGCGUGGGGGGAAUGAUCCGCCCCGUGACGGGGGCAGACGUGGGCAUCCAGAGGGCAGAGAUCCGUCCGGGGCUUCGGGAGGUCAUCCUCUGUAAGGACCAGGACGGGAAGGUCGGGCUGCGGCUGAGGGCCAUCGACAACGGGCUGUUUCUGCAGCUGGUUCAGGCCAACUCUCCCGCCGCUCUGGCUGGACUGCGCUUCGGGGAUCAGGUCCUUCAGAUCAACGGUCAGAACUGUGCAGGAUGGAGCACAGACAAGGCCCACAAGGCUCUGAAAGCUGCAGCAGAGACCCGCAUUGAGAUGGUGGUGAGGGACAGGCCUUUCCAGCGCACCAUCACCAUGCACAAAGACAGCUCAGGACACGUGGGCUUCAUCUACAAGUCUGGGAAGAUCACCUCUCUGGUCAAAGACGGCUCUGCUGCCCGGAACGGCCUGCUGACCGAGCAUUACAUCUGUGAGAUCAACGGUCAGAACGUCAUCGGGCUCAAGGACUCCCAGAUCAAGGACAUCCUGAACUCCUCUCCGACCACCAUGACCAUCACCAUCAUGCCCAAGUUCAUCUAUGAACACAUGAUUAAGAGGUAGGAGGCAGAAAAACGCAGCGGAGCAUCUCUUUACUCCUCAA